AUGGGUUGGCACGUUACGCGCAGCCAAAUCCUCGUGGUAUUAAGCGUACUUGUGCUCUUUGGUUUGUUCCUCCAGCUCGACUUGAGUUUCCGCUUUACCGACUCUCGAGGAAGCAAUAGCCUGUUGGGCCUUAAAGUCGGCAUUGGAGGCAGGAGACACUCUGUAUGGGACUCGCCGUCCUCUCGACAUGGGUACGACGGAAACUCGCCACUCUCUUCCCAUGCCGUGACAGUCGCCGACGUCAAGGUCAAGUGGGGGGAGGAGGGAGCACCACGGACCUCAGUGCUGGCACACGCUCCAGGGUGGACGGUUCUUGACGAUAUUUACCUCUACAAUGGAACAUGGUACAUUGUUACCGACAAUCCGUCGAGUAUCCCAUUACGCCGCAUGAUGAUCUCGACCGGUGCCGAGAUCUGGAACGACCAGGCCUCGAUUAACAGGCGAGAGCCAACGGAGAAUGAGAUGCGUAUCAUCUUCCCCUCUGAGGCAAACCGUCUGUGGGGUCAUUCAGUGUCGCGCGUGGCCGAUACGAGCUUCCUAGUCAACGACCCACCCCAGUUCCUCGAUCACUACUACCAUUUUGCGGCCGAGCUUCUCUUCGGCAUCUGGCGUACUUACUCGUCGCUUGAUCCGUCUAUCAAUGCUGCAGGCGCGACACAGCUCCCGGUCCCAGCGCGCAUCAUGUUCCCCUUUGUGAAUGCGGGUGGCUGGAACGACUACGCCAAGAUGAACUCGUUCCUCAUGCGCGCAAUCUUCCCGUCGGUCUCAUUCGAGUACCGCAACGACUGGCACGACCGUGUGGACACGGAGCGCCCGUACAAGUAUGAUCGCCUGGUCAUUGCUGAUCGCGCCGCCGCGUUCCGUGGGCCCGAGUUUGCCAAGACAUGGCGCACUGCGUCCGAGGCCGCGACUUUGGAAGGAAGCCGUUAUUGGUGGGCCCCGGUCCGCCGUAACCUGCUCGAGUUUGUGGGCUCUGGGACCGAGAGCAAGGAUGAGAUCAACCUUGCCGACUACGGUGUCGGCAUCGAGGAAUACGACUCUGAAGAGUACGGCGCCAGGGAGGUCAGCGUACUCGACGCAGACGGCUCCCAGGACGAGCCUAUUGCGCCUCGUGGCCAGCCCAAGAAGGGCGCUACCAACAAGAAGGGUGGUACUGGAAAGGGCAAGCAUGCGGCUGGCAACUCUGGGAAGCGCCGUGGUGCGCAGCGUGGUGGCGAGGCACCGAAUACCAGAACUCCCUCGACUCCGGUCAUUACGUACGUCAGUCGUCAAGACUGGGGACGCCGUAUGCUGCGUAAGAAGGACCACGAGGUGCUUGUCGAGGAGCUCAAGAACCUGGAGAAGAAGUACGGAUGGGAGGUCAACAUUGUCUCCAUGGACAAGCUUACUCGCGACGAGCAGCUCCGCUUAGCUGCGCGGACGACGAUCAUGAUGGGUGUGCACGGCAACGGUCUCACCCACUUGAUUUGGAUGAACAACCUCAACCCACGAGCGACCGUGAUGGAGUUUUUCUACCCGGCGGGUUUCGCCGAGGACUACGAGUUUACGUCGCGUGCACUCGGGAUGCGCCACUACGGUUGGUGGGACAAUGAGUCUUUCACGUAUCCCAACACGCCGGCGGUGGCGUACCCAGAGGGAUUCCAAGGCAACGACAUUCCGCUCGACGGCAAGGCUGUGGCGCAGUUGUGCGAGCAGCGACUGCUGGUCGACCGUGUCGGUGCCACCACCGAGCAUGCUGCCUCGUGA